AGAUAUACUCCAUUACAAGCAAAAACUCCUGUAUGUGUAUUUGAUGUCCCUGUUUUUGCAGCUUUAUUUUAAUGUGUGUGUGUAGAGUGUUUUCAGUAAUUUUGGGAGGCAUCUAUUUGUUGGAAAUAAUCUAUAAAAAUAAAGUUAUAAUAAGUACUUUAAGUAAAAGUAGUCAGUAUACUAGGAAGAUUGUCACUGUUAUAUUUGCAUACAUUAUUAUAGUGUUAUUUUCUUUUAUAAAUCAUAUUAAUGUUUCAGCAGCAUUUAAAUAUUGUGGUUGGUUGAAGUGGAACUAACUUGAACUAUUAUAUAAACUGCAGUGAAAUAAAAGUGUAAUAAAUUAAUCAGUGUAUGUUUUAUAUGUACUUAAGUAAAGCAGUUAUGUAAAUAUAAUUUUAUUAUUUUCCUUUCCACCACUGGUGAAAACAUAAAUGAUUCUGAACUUUACUGUUUAUACAUCCAUAUAUUUAUUUAUCUAUACAGACAUAUUUUUAUUUUUAAAAAAUGAUUUCAAAGAAUUAAAAACAGCAAUAUAUGUAUUCAGUAACAUGUUAAAUAUUUUUUUUAAAUGAGAAAAACCCUCCUGAGUAAAAUCUUAAAGGUCUGAUUUCAGAUGUAACCCCCUUUGUAAUCAUUAACAUGAUUAAAGUAACUGUAAUUUCAUCAUUACGAAACAUUACAUGUACCUAGUUGUGUUAUCUAUAAUAACAAAGUCUAAAACAGGGGUGACUCUAGGAUCAAACCUUUAGGGGGACUCAGCUCCUAAUGAGAAUUUGACAUAAAAUACCCUGCAAAUGUUUAAAAAAAAUAAGAUAAGCUAAGAUAUUCCUUAGCAAAAAUAGAAUAUAAUAGCAGCAAUAACAAACGAAUAAAGAACAAUAAAUAAUAAGUACAAAAACAAUAAGAACAAUAAUAGUAAAAAAUAUGUAAUACAAAUAAUCGUGACAUUAUUUACAAGAGUAAUAUUGGUAUUGAUUGGUAUUUUAAAGGUUGCUGAGAUCAAAUUUAGGGGUAAUUGAGCAGCUAAAAUCACCUCUAGUCUAAAAUAAAUAAAACAAAAUAUAAAAACUUGACCCAAGACUUGAGUCUUGCAUAGAGCCACAAGGGGAAGACUCCUUGUGGUGCUGGUUUUGCCUCGUCUGCAGCUCUGGGAUCAGCUUUUCUCUUCACCUCUCUCCUUAUGAAAGGCUGCUUCUAUCUGACUCUAGAUCAGCCGCUCUGAAAAGUCCACGCCUAUUUAUACACUUGGAUAAAACCCCCUGCGCGACGUGAUUGGUUAGAGGCAUUGACGCAAGAGCAUUCGAUCUGGAAGGCGAUUGGCUGCGGCGGCUGUCAUUAAACGUCACCGAACGUGAUGGACCAAUGAGAGAGCGCGUUUGGCUCUUUGUUCCUCCCGCUCGGCCGGUGACGCAGAGGGUCAUGUGUUGUUUGUGCUUCUGGCCCGUAGAGAUGUGUGUGCAGGAGGAGAAGGGAAAGGGUUUUGCUAACCGAGCUAGCCGGAUCCUCCCGAUUAUAGAGAAAACACGGGCUUGAAUUGAACGUGGUCAUGUCGCACACGGUGGGAUUCAUUUCGUGAAACACCCCUACAACAACUAAAAACACCGUUUAUUAUCGGAAUUGAUGCUUUUAAAAGGAAAACGGGGGGAAAAGGAAACAGGGGGACUCGUUUCUUUCUUUUUUUUUGGCGGAGUAACAAAGCCGGGUGUCUGUGAGUAUUGCAAAUCUGAGCUGGCCUAGCCUGGACUCAAAAACAAGACAAGAAUGGGGUCUAGGUCCAGUCGGAUUAGCUUGCAAGUAAAGUGACCUUUGAUUUGUUUUUUCUCUCUAAUGGCUAAUUUCACUAAUUACCAGGAAGGCAAAGCAGCGAUGUUGAUGCUGGAGACGCAGCAGCAGCAGCAGCAGAGGGACGUAGGGACGAAAUCUACAGCUACCACCACUGCAAAUGGAGAUGGCUUGGUUGGGGAACCCCCUUCCUCUUCCCCGUUAAUUAAUAUAGGAGGAGGAGCAGGAGGAGGUGGUGGUGGCUCUCGUUUCUAUCAACAUUUACCUCCCUCAAAUCACCUCCAUCAUCAUCACCACCACCACCUCCUUCUUAGCCACCAUCACCCGCCAAAGGAUCAACAACAACAACAACAGCAGCACCAUCACUACCAGCAUCUUUCCGGGGAAAACAUAGCAGAGUCUCCCGGUAGGAAAGCCUCCUCCUCCUCCACCGCCUCCUCCUCCUCUUCGUCUCUCGGCCAGGUACACACAGCCGAGGACCCUGCUGCUGCUGCUGUAGCUGCUGCUUCCUCCAGCAGCGGCAGCAGCCAUGUAUACACGUCUGUGAGUGUCCCAAAUACCUCUGAUGUUGUGGAUGAUAUUCGCAAAUGUGGCUAUUUAAGAAAGCAGAAACAUGGACAUAAAAGGUUUUUUGUGCUGCGGGCUGCCAGCCACCUCGGGCCGAGCCGUCUGGAGUACUACGACAGCGAGAAGAAAUUCAGGAACAGCCUCCGAUCUGCUGCCACGGCCGCAGCCAGUGGUGGAGCGGUCGCCCCUUCUCCCCCUAAAAGGGUUAUUUACCUCUACCAGUGCUUUACGGUAAACAAAAGGGCGGAUUCCAAAAACAAACACCUCAUUGCCCUUUACACUAAGGACGAGUACUUUGCCAUUGUGGCUGAAAACGAGCAGGAGCAAGAGGACUGGUACGUUGCUGUCAGUGAGCUGAUGAGUGAAGGGAAAAAAGGGCAUUUGGAUUCAGAUGAUUUAGAUGAUGGAUACGGUACAGUCACCCCCGGUACUGUGUUUAAGGAGGUGUGGCAGGUGAAUGUCAAACCUAAAGGACUGGGUCAAACUAAAAACCUCACAGGUGUGUACCGGCUAUGCCUCUCAACUAAAACCAUACACCUCGUUAAGUUGAACUCUGAAACCCCCUGUGUUAACCUGCAGCUGAUGAAUAUCAGGCGCUGCGGACACUCUGAAAGCUUCUUUUUCAUCGAGGUGGGUCGCUCCUCCUCGAUCGGGCCCGGGGAGAUAUGGAUGCAGGUGGAUGACUCCGUCGUGGCCCAAAACAUGCACGAGACUAUCUUGGAGACGAUGAAAGCUCUGAAAGCUUUUGCAGAGUUUAGACCGAGGAGUAAAAGCCAGUCUUCAGGCUCCAACCCGAUGCCCUUUAUCACGACGCGGCGUCACCUGGGCAACCUGCCACCGAGCCAGACGGGGCUGCAGCGGCGGUCGAGGACAGAGUCAGUUGUUGGAACGCCGCCGUCGAGUAAGAGCUCGGGGGCCAGUGGUUACCGCUUCCGCACAUCCAGCGAGGGCGAGGGGACGAUGAACCGGCCUUUCCGCUCCGCCACAGGAAGUUUAGUUCACCUAAACUCAGCCCGUGCCCAUCACGGUCGUCAGGAAGGCGGCAGCGGUGGCGUAGGGGUGAGCGGCGUCGCCACAGGAAACGCUGGCACGAGCACGGGCGGCGGCGGACGCUACGUCAGAGCCAUCCCGGGGGCGUCAGCAUCUACAUACCACGCCCGCUCCGCCUCUCUCCCCGUCUCCCACUUCCCCUCCACCACCAGCCCCGUCAGCGUCUCCUCCAGCAGCGGGCACGGCUCCGUUUCGGAUACACUCACCCGCCCGUCGAGCGCCUCGAUAUGCGGCUCGCCGUCCGACGGCGGUUUCAACUCCUCGGACGAGUACGGCUCCAGCCCCGGCGACUUCAGGUACUUCCGGGUGCGGAGUAACACCCCGGACUCUUUGGGAAACACCCCACCAAUCAGAGAGGAGAAUUGCCUAAAUGAUUACAUGGCGAUGGGGUGGAAUCGGGAAGUUUUUGGCGCAGGCGCCGGCUCUGGAAACAACAGCGGAGGCGACACGCCGCGUGACGAAAGCACGUCGACGACAGAGGACGACCGCUUUUCUUCAUCGUCGCUAAGAAGGAGGACGCACUCUUUCUCUAGACCUGCUGGAGGAGCGACAGGCGGCUCCGGAGUGGCUGUUUACCAAAAAAUGACCCAAACCAACUUCUCUUUAGAGGAGGGGUCCGAUGUGGUGUUACCAUUCGGCAGCGGGUUACUCCGUGGCGGUCCCUCCUCCUCCUCUUCCUCGCUCCGCUCCGACUACAGCUCCUGCUCCGAGCACAGCCAGCAGAGCCGCCCCUCCACGCUCCCCCGGACGGACGCCGGCAGCGAGCGCCCCCCUCUCUCCUCCUCCGCCAAGGAAGACAGCGGCUACAUGCCCAUGAUGUGCGGCGUGGCUGCGUCGCCGCGGGAUACGCCUCCUGACUACAUGCCUAUGCAACCCAGCUCUUACUCGCACCACGUCUCCCAAUCCCCCCAGUUUCACCACAGCCCAGCUUUAAGCCACCGCUCGGCCCAUCACCCCCCCCAGCUCCAAUCCCAAUCCUCCGCGGACUCCCACGGCUACAUGAUGAUGCUCCCGGGGGGCGGCGGCAGCUCCCCCUCCCCGGUUCAAGCCUCCCCGAGCCCUCAUAGCAGCUCCAGCAUGGCGGGGGCAAGUGGGAGCGACAGCAUAGCAGAAAGACCUGAAAACGGGGAGUAUAUGGACAUGUCGUACAGCAACAGCGGGGGGCGCAAGCUCCUAAAUGAAGGGAGUAGCGGGUACUACACACCUGGCACACCUGAGGGCACCUCCAAAUCCUACAGCCCUUACUUCUCCCUCCCUCGCUCCUACAAAGCCCCCACCAGAGAGAAGGAUGAGAAGGAGUACGGGGAGUACGUUCCUAUGAGUUCUCCCGCCAAGCCGGUGUACUCAUCAGUUGCCACGGGGUCAAUUACGACACCUGAGAAGAGGGCCGGAGGAGGAGGAAGUAGCACCUCCACUCCAUCUCACCCACCGCCGCCUUACGGAGCUCACCACACGACCGCCGCGCUAGCCGACCGCCGUGUUGUGAGGCCCAACCGUCUCCCUUUAGGCAGGAGGAGUUUUCACGGCCCGCUGCGGGUUAGUGAGCCCUCCUCGGUGUCUGCAGGCAGCUCCACCUCAGUCCCCGCCACUGGCAGCGCCCCCGAAGGACCCUCGAGUCCCGGAGAGUAUAUUAACAUCGAGUUUGGAGAUCACUACCCCCACCAACAGCAGCCCCCCGCCUACCCUCUCUCUGCCCAAGACGAAGCGCCUUCCCUGGGCUCCGGUGAUAGCUGUCACUCCCCUCCCCACCAGCCCCAAACUCACCAGGACUACAUGAGCGUGGAGGUGGGUGUCGACCAGCAGGACAGCGCUGGAUGUCUGGGUAAAAACCAGUCACCCAGACCCAGCCUCGUCGCCCCCUGGAACCCGCCCAGCUACAUCCGACCCCUGGCUACCAAUCCUGGGGCGCUGGCCUCCCCCGGAGUCCCCGCCGGAGGUCACUGGAGGUCGAUGGGGGACGACUACACGGACAUGACUUUUAACCUCAGCAGCAGAGGUGAGAGGACGCAAACGAGCCCCACGGCCAUGCUGCAGCACCUCUGUGUGAUAGAGGGGCGUUACGGCCACGCUCCCUCCGCCUCCUCCUCAUCCAUCUCCCCCACCCUCCCUCCGUCGAGCCCCAGCAGGGCACCGGCCCAGCAGCCGGAGCCCAAGGUGGUUCGAGCGGACCCGCAAGGUAGACGGAGACACAGCUCGGAGACGUUCUCCUCCACUUCCUCCUCUAAUUCGACUCCCUCUGGAGGAGCGGGAGGAGGACUCGCCCCCUCAUCCUCAGCCACACACCCCGCUCCCGCCCCUAACGGAUCUUACCUAACGGAGGGUCAGGCUUCCAGGUGGGCCAGCUCGGCGUCUUUCGACAGCGUGUGGAUGUCCGUGGAGGGUCUAGGAGGGGACUCGCCGGCUCACCAGGCUCAGACCAGAGCUUUGGAAGCGGGCGCCACCUCCGGGGCCUCGGCAGCAUCCACCGCCUCCUCCUCCUCGGGAGCCGGUCGAAUGUGCAGGAACAUGUCCGUGGGGUACCAGAACGGCCUCAACUACAUUGCCUUGGAGCUGAGGGAGGACGGGAGUAACGCAGGAGGAGCCACGACGACGUCAGGAGGCGGUAGCAGCAGCAACGGGAGCUCUUCGGCGGCGGCGGCGGCAGGGACGGGGACUGUACCUCUACCGGAAAACGGAGCCUACGCCAGUAUAGACUUCACCAAAUCUGAUGGAGUCACUACAACAACUAAGGACUGAGCGACGGGACGACAGAGGUUCCCCCCCACCUUCCUCCUCUUCUCCUCCUCUUCCUCCUCAUCUCUCUGCUCGGGGCACUUGACUCUGCCUGUGACCUUUUGGCCUUCCUCCUCUCCUCCUCCUCCUCCUCACCACCAACACCUCACCCUGCCCCCCCCCCCCCUCGCCCCCCCUCCUCCUGCUGCUCCCUGCCGCCACCGGUGACCUCUGACCUUCACUCAGACUGAGACCCCCCCCCCCCGCUCCCUUCUGGACGCAGAAAACAACAUCAUAACAGAUGGCAAAAACGCUUGCAGUUUUUUUUUUUUUUUUUUUUUAAGUGUAUUAUUACAUCUUUUAAUUUGUUUUCUUGUGUUUUAUAUGCAUAUCUUGUCCUGUUUUUUAUUUUAUUUUAUUUUAAAUCACCCCCCCCCCCUUCCUCCUCCUCCUCCUCCCUUCUCCUCCUCUUCUUCUUGUUCAACAGACUGCGGUCGGUGAACUUUGACUGAGGGGUAAACAGAGCCGUACGGUAUUUAAAAAAGAAAAAAAAGGGAGGCUGAAAUACUAAUCGAAGGCAUUAUUAUGGUACAAACUUGGAAACUUUUUAUCUUUUAUUAUAAUUAUUAUUAAUAUUAUAAUUUUUUACACCCCCCCCCCUCUCCUCCCUCCUUCCUCCUUAUGUGUAAUCCAUCCUCAAUAUGCUACCAUACAGUUAUUAUUACAUUGUGGACAAAGUUGUGGCAAAAAAUAUGUAUAUUUUUAUGAAUGAAUUGCCCCCCCCGCCCCCCCCCUCCAUUCCCCCCCUUCCUCUCUUUAAAUGGUACGAGCUCGUUGCUAGAUCCAUUUCCAGCUUCAGAGUAAACACGUAGGCAUUACAUAAUAAGUUGUUCCCCUUUCUCGCCACGUCAGGUACAAGACAGACACCCUUACCUUCGGAUUACCAUCGGAGUAUAUACAUACAUACAUAUAUAUAUAUUCCUAAAAAGCGACGGUACUGCGCCAGUAGGGGUUGUACUAAUGCGAUGUGGGAGGGGGCGGAGCAUAUUUAAAGCAUUACUCUCCUCAUGUUCUGUAGCACAUAUUAUUAUUUAUUUGUUGCUAAAAUAUUAGGUACAACAUUUCUUUUUCGACCACACGAUCUGAUUUUGUUCUUUAUGAAAAAGGCAAAAAAGAAAGGAGGCCGACGGGUAGUUUGACCAUUUUUGGGAUACGUGCUUAUUUGCUUUUUUUUUAGCCCUAAUUUAAGGUGAUAAAGAUUUGAUAUCACUCUCAUAUCCGAGACGCUGCUCGCCCUAGCUGCGGCUGAAUUUAACAGAAUUCACCUAAAAGCAGCAACAUUUUGUGUUUAAUCAGAUCAAAGUGUUAAAAAGUUGUUUCACUGUUUUAAACAAGCUUCCUUCGAGGGGAAUAAUCCUGCAGGUAAAACAGCAAAAUUGUUGUUUUAACACUUUACCAAACAAAUUAAUUUUUGCACAGAUUAACCAAACAAUAUGACUUUUCUUUCUCCUGUCUGAUUAAAUAUGAAGCUACAAUAAAACUCGCCCUAGCUGUGUUUAAAUUUAGCGAAAUCCACUUAAAAAGCAUCUCUGAUGAGUGUUAAAAUGCUGUUUUUACACUCAGCUUCCUGCAAGAAAAUGGUUCAUUUUUGUUCAGAUUAAACAGACAAUAUAAAUGUCAUCUUUAGAGGUGCUGCUUAGUGGUUUUUCUCACCUUUACUUCGUGUCUGGACGUAGUUUUUUUUUAACUCACGCAACAGCUACACUCUUAUUUUAAUCUAUGCAGCCGUCUAAAUUGACUCUGUGCAAGCUCAUGAACACUUCAGGUUUAUUCUCCGUUUUUCCACCCCAUAGCUACGGCCAUUGUGUUAUUGGGCUCUUUAAGUGCUUCCGAAACGCAGAUGACCUACGCUCAGCGCUGCACCUGAACGCCUCACGUGUAGAGACGCACAGACGUGGUAGACGCUCUGCUCUCUGUGUGUAGACACAGCGUUGAAUAUGAGAGUGAUAUAUCGAUCUACUCCUCUGAUUCUCGGCGAGAAAACUGAUGAGGUAAUUUCCCAACUUUGACAAACUAUUUCUUAAAAUAGGCCUUAAAAAUUCAGCUUUUGUGGUCAGCGGAUGGUGAAAGUUAUCGUCCCGUCCUGCUGCUCGGCUAGCGGGUUCGUCUUUUACAGUUUUCUGUGCAAGUGACUGAAGCAGGUGUUUUUUUAUUUUUAAUUUUAUUAUUAUUAUAAUAAGUUUUUACCUCAUAUGGUCCGUAGCACAGCUCAGAUUAGCGAGGGAGAGUGGCGCCGACACACACACACACACACACACACUGAAAGGUAGAAGCACCAAGUACUGACGUCAACACCGGGAUGCACACGCACACAAAGAUCUCAGCAAGGGUAUUGUAUACUGUACUUUGUUAGCAGUGGACCCCACACACACACACACACACACACACACGUACGUCAUAAAGACACAUGUCCCAGUCAUGUGCCUGCUCUCAUACACACACACACACUCAGUAGUCAUGCAGUCUAAUUUAAGUGAGGGGUAGCUCCUCCAUGCCCCCGUUUCGGUACUUUGUCAGCGGCUCUCGAUGAUGUCUGUGAUUUCUUUCUCACACACACACACACACACACACACACACACACACACACACACAC